AUUGAGCUGCAUUUUUUUAGAAUACAGAAGCUUUUUAUCUUAAUUUAGAGAUAACUUACCAUUCAAUCAAGUCCGAUUCGAAAGCAGCACCAAAUUUGCUUAAAACCCACUUGAUUUGCCUCACCUAUCUUCUUAUUCUUUCUUUGUCUCUCUCUCCUCUCUCUUAGCUUGAGGUCUAAGUAUGAUUUUUCUCUAGACUUCUUGAAAUUAUUGAUUAUUAUCUUACAUAUUUUUCAUUCAUCUCUAGAAUUCAUAUUGAUGACUUUAUAAUAUCCCAAUUUUAUAAGUAAAUUAUAUCAUCUAAGCUAUAAGACACACACAGAGUCCCUGCUAAAAGCUUUGGGAGCAGAAAUUAAUGGGGCGCCAUUCUUGUAGUGUGAAGCAGAAGCUAAGGAAAGGAUUGUGGUCACCUGAAGAAGAUGAAAAAUUAUGCAAUUAUAUCACCAAUUUUGGUAUUGGCUCAUGGAGUUCAGUCCCUAAAUUAGCAGGGUUGCAAAGAUGUGGGAAAAGUUGCAGAUUGAGAUGGAUAAAUUACUUAAGGCCUGAUCUUAAAAGAGGAAUGUUCUCACAAGAUGAAGAAGAUAAGAUAAUUAGUCUCCAUCAAGUUCUUGGAAACAGAUGGGCACAAAUUGCUGCGCAAUUACCUGGGAGAACGGAUAACGAGAUAAAGAAUUUCUGGAAUUCGAGUUUGAAGAAGAAGUUAAUGAAGCAGGGGAUUGAUCCAAAUACCCACAAGCCACUGAAGGAGAAUCAAGUAAUCAAAGAUGAAGAGAAUUGUACAAAUAAAACCUCAAUGCUGCAGAUACCACCACAUCUUAAUGAAAUGGCCAAUGGACAAUUUACAGAAAGUAAACAAGUCUUUGAUCUUCUGUUUGUUCCUGAUUUCCAAUCCAAUUCGAAUCCGAGUGAGUAUAAUUCAGAAGUGUUAGCUCAAUAUCAUGAUCAACAGAGCGAAUUCGAGAACAAUCCAAAUUAUGUGUUUUGCUCAGCAUCAAGUGUAACAAAAUUAGAACAUGGACAGAUGACAGAAACUGAUUUUGGUAGCAGCUCAACUUCAAGAAUGAGUUCAAGCAACAGUUCAAAUAUGUGUAGCAAUCAAAACACUGCUGGAAUUCAGAUAAACGGGAUGUCGGAAAACAGUGAAGCCUUGUCAUGGGAUAUUGAGAACAAAAUGGAAUCUCUGUUUCAGUAUCCUUACAUUGGAAUCAAGAAUGAAGAAUUAAAGUCAAGUCCAAGCCAAGAAAGAGAUCAGCUAUAUGGUAACAGUACUUCUGGAGAUUUUAUGAGUAAUUAUCCAUUGAGUUCCUUAACUGAAGAAUUUAAGUGGGGCUAAUCUAAAUGUUUUCCAGCAGAUUUAAACUGUAAAUUCGAUUUGUUUAUUGUGUU